CGUCCCUUUAAAAACACUGACGCAUGCGAUCCAGCGCAAAUGUGGUGAGGUAUCGAACGCGCGACCCUUCCAGUACGCUACCAGCCUGGGCCGGAACCAGGCUCUGGUUUGACUGGGACUGGAGAUGUGGCGUCGGGUAACACGGGAUGCGGACGGGGGAGAAGACUGCCACGUCCUCGCCCCUCCCCGCCGGGAAACUCGCUGCCCGCCCCCCAGCGGGGACGCACCGAAGCCCCGCUUACCUGCAGCCGGGCCGGCGGGACACCAGAGCCACCAGUGCUCCCAGUAGCGAACUGGCCGGCAGCCGCGACGCCUCCGGUGUCCGCUAAUGAGCCGGGGCUGUUUGUCCAACGAAAAUUCCAGAAAGUGCAGAAGUGACUGGAGGGAGGAAAUUCCUGCUGCCUGCAACAGAGUUCACCAGGGUGGAGCCAGAGGUACGAAGCGAGUGCCAUUGGACACUGUUAAGUGUUUAAAUCCACCCAGGAGAGAAGGUGCAGCUGGAUCACAAGGACAGAUAACUGGUUCAAACUGCAAUUCUUUGGAAUGUCGGAGGCCAGAGAAGCUGAAGAAAUCCCAGACGCUGUCACACCAAACACUACGUGGCUGCAGUGGUGCUGCUCUUUAUGUGCUAUUUGUAAAAAUAAUAUUUUAAUGAAUAUCUUUACAGUAUCAGUCUGCAAACUUAAUCCGUGGGGUAAAAGAUAAACAUGAGCUGAGUUGCUAAAACACGGAUGAAAUUACCGGUUGGUUAGUAACUAACUCGUUAUCUUAGAUUAUUUUGUGGUUCUGAUGUACAGUAGAUGGAACACACGUGUGUAAUUUUAAAAAGACAUUGAAAAAAGAGAAAAGCCCAUGAGCGCCCCCUGCUGGUAAUUGUCUAAUCUUUCUCUAAUCAUUCUUAGGUCAAACUGUGACUAUGAAUAUGCACACACACUCUGAAUACACACAGUUCCACAUAUCUGAGUACACAAACCAGCGUUAUCACAUGUAUUGAUAUAAAAACUCAGCACACAGCCUGAAUGUUAACGAGAGUCUAAAUCCCAAAUAUAUUACAUUUAUUUACAUAUAAGUAUUAUAUACCGUAUGUACAUACUUUUCAUUAAUCAGAUGCCUCGUGCUGUUCUUGAGAGUCUGUCAGCCUCCAUUCUCUCACCCUUAUUACUUUGUUUGCUCAAACCAAGCUCCCCUCAUGCAGCACAUGCAGCUGAUUGCCUCUACAGCGUGUUGUCAUGAUGACCAGCACAGUUAGAGGGAUGCAGACACAGGGCGGAGAGGUGGAGCUGGUGGAGAAAUCAGAAAUGUCUCAAACGGGUGUCAAAGGUGGAAACAAACAGAGUCAGUUUACAUUGUAAUUAGCAGAGCGUUAAUGCUGAUCAAUAAGUUAAACAUCUAUUAGCAGCUUUCGUCAAACAUUAUUCUAAUAUAAUAAUUUAUGUUCUUCUCAUGAAGCUGAGUCUCGUAUCCUUUGAUCAUCACACAAUACGUGUAAUAAAAUCAGUUGUGUCCAGAGGUUAUCAGCUCUGUUUCUGUGAAUAUUCUGACAACUCAGCCUUUAAUAACUCCCCACCUACAUGACCUCUUUAGUUACGGAAAGACAAACAGACGACCAAAGUUCACCAGGACGCACAGACAAAACAAAUGAGGCGUGAAUCUGCACGACAGCAAGGAGCUUGACGGAGGAAUAUUCAGCAGCAAGCGCAGAGAGAGUGAUGUUUUAGGAAGGUGAAUUAUUAUUAUUGAUAGGGAAUACUGGUUGUUUAAGGAAUAAAUGGCGUUGAGAGGUGCUCAACAAGCAAGUUACAAUGAAAUAUGACACGAUAAACAGCAGAUGAUCCCCACACUCUCUGCAGCCACUCCUGCACAGAAUGAAAGCAUGGCUUUCAGUUUGUGGUGGUGGAGGAGGGGAUGGAGCAGCUCAGUGAAGCGCCUUCUCUCUAAUCUUCCACUGAAGCCACUGGUUCCCACCCUGUGCCUGGGGGCUGCCGUGGUCUACGGCCUGGCUGACAAACUCCAGGACUUUGUGGCCGGCAUCUUCAUCCCUCAGUACCACUACCCGUAUGCCGUGGCCCUGUGCUUCGCCCAGGUUUUGAUCUCCUUGCUUUUCCUGAACCUCCUCCAUGUUGUGGGUCUGGUGCCUCUGAAGCCCUACUCCAGGCCUCUGGGUGAGAGGCUGCUGGUGCCUUCCAUCUGUGGCAGCGUCCACGCUGUCCUGGUGAUGUGGGCCAAAGCCAGCAGCUGGAGCGCCGGCCUCUUCCCCCUCACGCUGCCUCUGCUGCCUCCGCUAACUGCUGCCUUUGGUUUCGCCCUGAAACUGUCUACGGCUCCCUCCUUUCAUAUAUCUGUGCUGAUUUCCAUUGUGAGUGGGACGUCCAUCGUCAUCAGAGCAUCUCAAGGUCUAUCCAGCGCUGAACCUCUGGAAUAUUUCUAUGCACCUCUGGCUUUGAUCCUUUUCGGUGUUUGUCUGACGUGGCUGGCUAAAGUGUCCGAGUCUGAGCACCAUCGCUCCCCUGACGCUCCGACGUCUGCUUUCGACCUCUACUACACGCAGCUGGUGAACCAGAGCUGGGUGCUGGGCCUCCUGUGGCUGCUGCACGUGGACGGUCCCUGGCUUGUGUUGAGUCAGGGCAGCUGGCACAGCCUCCUCUUCCACGGCUUCCUGCUUGCCAUCCUGCUGCUGGGCAUGGUGCUGGACUUUCUGCUCUGUAUGGCGGCUCUGUGCGUCUCACCGUUCACUGCUGCACUGAUCCAUUCUGCGAGGGAAAUAGCGCAGUCGUUGGUCCCACUGUUGUAGUGCGUUCAGAGAAGCAGCGUGCUUCCCAUCUCGUGUAUUGUAAACCUGAGCGAAGCUGAUGAUUAACACCGGGGUCCAAAGAAAGAGAAGACCUGCAUCUCUACCUUUUCUUUCAGGAAAGGAAACAGGUCCGCGUUUGGAAAUGAUGCAUAUCAAAACAAAUCACAUCAUCAAGUGUCGACAAGUAUUAUUUAGAUACUCUAGUAUAUUUAAAUUCAUUUGUAUUUUCGAUGGGUGAAUAACGAAACUUGUCUCAUAUUUAUCGUAUUUAAAUGGUGUUUUACAGCUUUAAAAAAAAACGAGGUUCAGAUGGUUCUACAUUUGUUGCUGCUGAACUGACUUCAUCACAUUUACAUAACAGUAUUAAAAUAUUCAUCUAGUUCCAUGAAUUUAUUUUAACAGGACUGUAGCUGCUUCUGAAUGAAUUUGAGAUAUAUCUCAGAUGAGCAGGGCUUAUAGUGGUUAUGAGAAGCUGAAAUGUUUUCAAUCUAU